AUGGUGACCCUGGAAGCAAUGGCAGCCGGGGUUCCCGUAGUGGGGACGGACACCGAUGGCACUAAGGAGAUCCUGCAGGAUGGAAAGUUUGGCUACCUGUUUCCGCUGAAUGAUGUAGAUGCUUUUUGCGAAUCGGUACUGGCGGUCACUAACCAUAAAGACCUGGAUCAGCUUGUAGCUGCGGCCAGCCGGGAAGUACAGGAUACCUAUCUCCAGCAGGAUAUGUGCCGGAAGAUCGGGCGCGUAAUAAAAUCUCUUUUAUAA